AGUAUUAUAUUAACUUUCACUGACUGGCAAGCGGGAGAACUGAUCAUUUCUCUUUGGUAAAAAUCAACUGAUUCACCCCAUUAACAAGAUAUUUGAAAAAAAACCACCAACUUUAGCGAAAAUGUCUGAAAAUUCUUGCCAUGUUUGUCCAGCAUGUACAACUAAAAGCGUACUUCCAAGAUUACCUUGUAAUCCUCAUAAGACAUACUGCUCAACUUGCAUUGAAAAUUUAUGUACGAAUAAAAAUUUAAAGCCUACCGACAAUCUACUAUGUCCAACCUGUAGAGCACAACCCCAAAAAUCGGAUGACGGUGCGUUAGGAUUUGCUGUAGCAAAUGCGGUUAAAUCUAAUAAAGUAAUCGUUUCAAACGAGCAAAUCGAGAUGGAUGAAUUUAAUAAAACAUUUAUGAUAAUGCUCAGAAACGAAAUAAAAAAGACUAGAAAAAGUAAAGAUGAACAAAUAGCUCGGUUGAAUGAGUCAACGAGUUUUUUUGAAGAAUGCAUAAAAAGUAGACGAGACGAACUGCAAUAUUAUAUUGAAGAAUUUUACGAAACUAAGGAGGAUAGAAUCUUAGAAUUGUUAAGGGGCUGCAGUUUCCUGGGUAAAUCUAUUGAGAAGAAAAACGAGGAGAGGGAGAAUAGGGAGCAGGAAUCGGAAAAGGAUGCUGAAGAUACUAGCUAUACGGAAUCGUGCGAAGGAGGAUGUGAUGAAGAGGAGAUAGAAAGACGCCAAUUAGAUUACGUCUUUUCCAAAGAUUUAAAAGUGGCUAGGAAGGAAUUGGAAGAGCUAAAAGAGCAAAUAACUAAACCGGAAGCAAUUUUUAAACCUGCAUCUUUCAUAAAUAGACCAGAUUUCGGAACGAUCAUUUAUACUCAUGCCGAAAUUCCGCACGAAGACAAAAGAUUUGUUGUUGGAGGAAAUAUCGAAAUAGUAAAAUCUUACGUACAAGGCAUCUAUGUUGUUAGUAAGAAAGAGUAUUCGAUAGUCGUGAAUAAUAUAAUUUCGGGUGAAAAUAUUGAAAUUGACCUAUCCGACGAUGAGCUAUCCAUUCACGAUAUUUGCUUGGGAGGAGACGGUUACCUUUAUCAUAUUUUAUUUACUCCCGAAGAUCUUAUACCAGAUCCAACGAUACAAUUCGAUAAAAGAGCUAGAAUCAAUCAGAAGAGAAUAUUUUAUAUGGAGCACGAUCUGUGCGAAAGAAGUAGACUUUUGGAUUGUUCCAAUUAUUAUAUUGUCUCUCAACCAACCGAGAAUUUUUUAAUUGAUAGAAUUUCAUUUAAAUUCUUUAAUCAAUUAAUGCUUUACGAUAGGGUUAAAAAUAUUAUCGGUAUUCAAGUUUUCAAAAAGUAUAUAUGGGAUUAUAAGAUUAUUAAUAAUUUAAUAUUUUAUCUAUUCCAAGAUAGAGUUAUUAAGAUGUACGAUAGUUCCUCUGGUACGUCGACAUUCUGUAAGAUUACACCGGAAUUUGGAAGAUUUUCACUUAAAACUGAUAUUGUUGCACCUUUGAGAAGAGGUUCAGUUUUCCUGCACGACGAUAAAUACGUUUAUAUCUAUUUAGAGAAACAAAGGGAAUUUAUAAGAUUUCCUCAGAAUAGAAUCUUUCAUAAGGGACAUCUGUUGGCCUAUAGACUCACUACUCACGACAUAACCUUUGUCGUCUUUAACAAAGAUAAUCCUAAUGAAAUUUACACUCAAACGUACGAUAUGUAGGGAAAAGAGAAAUGAUAGGUGACAGAAGAGAGGAGGGUAGAAAGAGACAGAGAGAGUGAGAGAGAGAUUAUAGAUAAUCCCUCUAUUAUUUAUCACAGAAUGGAAUUUUUUCAAUAUACCUAACAACGCCAAUAAUUAUAUUUUCUUUUUUCAUUUAUUCAUAGGCCUGUUUUUUUUUCUUUUUUAAUUAUUCAUAUGAUAUUUUUCUUUUUUCUUUUUUGUAAAAUUUACUCCUCUUAAUCAUUUUUUAUGCAUAAAAAACUUGUGUGAUAAUUAAUAAUAAACCCAUAUUUCAUGUCAUACGAUAUCCGAUCGAUAAAGAGUUCAAAAACUGUUCAAAUUUUACCAAUUGGGCCUAUAAUUUAAUCUUUAAAUAUAUAU